UCAUGUAACGUCACGUGUGCGACGCGGGAGGGAGGGGGUCGCGGAAGCAGCGGCCGAGGGCCCCGCAGACCGGACGCUGUGGGCAGGCACUGCGUGUGAGCGCAAGGCAGCGAAAGCCGAGGCCCUGACGGGGAGGCUUCUCCUGGGGGUGACGGUGGCUGCGCUGGAUCCUGUGGCAGCUGUGGCCCUUCCCUUCGCAGCCCUGCUGCAGCCUGAGGUCACAACCAGUGUGAAGGUUGAGGAGGUGUCCUCAGACAAGAUGCAGCCUAGUGGGGCACUGCAGGAGCCUGGUGAUUCCUGGCUGAAGCAGCCAAAGGCCCAUGGUGUAGACAGGCCUCUGGAGGAAGCAGGACAGAGGGAAACCCUUGCACCUCGGGACAAGCCACCUCACGUCCCCAAAGAGGAACCCCUGCCCCACCAGGAGUCAGAUUCCCCUGAAACUGAAGAGAUCUGGGAGUUGCCAGCAUGUGGAAGCUCGUCAGGCUGGUGCCCCAAACAAGGCCCUUCCCAAGGAGCAGGGACCCAGAGCAGAGCUGAGCAGCCUCCUGAGGACGGGCUUGUUAACCUGCAGCUGCAGAGGAGUUUCCCAGGGAGACUGGAGGAGAGGAACUCCGUGACACCUGAGCCAGGCCACGUGCGAAGGUGGCAGAGCAAACCUCCAAAGCCGGGGGAGAGCUUGGAGCUCCGGGAGGUGUUUGAGGACGUGGCUGUGUAUUUCACACGGAAGGAGUGGGAGCUGCUGGAGGACAAAGACAAGGUGCUUUACCGGGACCAGAUGCUGAGGAAUUUCCAAGCCCUCGUUUCCCUGGGAUAUCAAGGUCCCACACCGGAUUUAAUCUGCCACAUCCAGCGAGGACAGGUGGAGCUCUGGGUCUGUGAUGACGAGGAUGGUGGGGAAAUCUCAGGGUCGGAGGACCUGCUGCUAGGAGGUGCCUGGCUCCUGAACGGAGCUGAGGAGGAGACUCCUGUGGAAGGGCCUGCAAACCUGGAGCCACCAUGGACUUCCCCAGGGCAUUUGGGUGAGAUGGACUCCCGGAGAUCUGAGACGGAGCAAUGGCCCAAGAGUCAGGGGAGACCCCAAAAGCAGAUGAAGAAUGUAGCAGUGAACCAGCACCAGCAAGUUCACCUAGGGAGGAAGACACACUGCUGCACUGUGUGUAGGAAGAACUUCAUCACCUGGCAAGACCUGUCCCAGCAUCAGUGUGUCCAGAGCGGAGAGCAGUCACACCAUGGCACAAAGUGUGCAAAGAGCUUCAGGCAGCUCUCCAACCUGGCUAGGCACUGGUGCAUGCAUGCAAGGGAGAAGCCACAUCAGUGUUCAGAGUGUGGGAAGAGCUUCACUCAUUCCUUCAGCCUGACUCAACACCAGCGUAUCCACACAGUGGAGAAGCCAUAUCAGUGCCUGGAGUGUGGUAAGAGCUUCACUCACUUCUUCAGCCUGGCUCAACACCAGCAUAUCCACACAGGGGAGAAGCCAUAUCAGUGCCCAGAGUGUGGUAAGAGCUUCACUCACUCGUUCAGCCUGGCUGAGCACCAGCGUAUCCACACAGGAGAGAAGCCACAUCAGUGCUCAGAAUGUGGGAAGAGCUUCACUCGCUCCUUCAGCCUGGCUCAACACCAACGUAUCCACACAGGGGAGAAGCCACAUCAGUGCUCAGAGUGUGGGAAGACCUUCAACCAUUCCAGAAACCUGAGAAGACACCGGCUUAUCCACACGGGAGAGAAGCCACAUCAGUGCUCGGAGUGUGGGAGGAGCUUCACCCUAUCCUCAGACCUGGCCCGGCACCAGCGUAUCCACACAGGGGAGAAACCACAUCAGUGCUCGGAGUGUGGGAAGAGCUUCACCCGAUCCUCCCACCUGAUCCAGCACCAGCUCAUCCACAGAGAAGAAAAACCACAUCAGUGCCUGGAAUGUGGGAAGAGCUUCACUCACUCCUUCAGCCUGGUGGAGCACCAGCGUAUCCACACAGGAGAGAAGCCACAUCAGUGCUCGGAGUGUGGGAAGAGCUUCACUCACUCCUCCAACCUGGCUCAACACCAGCGUAUCCACACAGGAGAAAAACCGUAUCAGUGCUUGGAGUGUGGGAAGAAUUUCGCUCGCUCCACCAGCCUGGCUCAGCACCAGCGUAUCCAUGCAGGGGAGAAACCACAUCAGUGUCUAGAGUGUGGGAAGAGCUACACCUACUCCUCUAACCUACUCCGGCACCAGCUCAUCCACACGGGAGAGAAGCCACAUCAGUGCUCAGAGUGUGGGAAGAGCUUCACUCAGUCCUUCCUCCUUGCUCAGCACCAGCGUAUCCACACAGGGGAAAAACCAUAUCAGUGCUCAGCAUGUGGGAAGAGCUUCACCCGAUCCUCCCACCUGGCCCGACACCAGCUCAUCCACACAGAGAAGAAACCACUUCAGUUGCUUGGAGUGUUGGAAAUGCUUCCCUCGCUCCUCCAAACUGACCCAGCACCAGUGCAUGCAUAUCUGGGGACAUCCAUAAUCCUUCCAGCAAUGCCGGAAGGGCUUGGGGACGUUUGCCUGCUCAGCACCCACCAGUGUCUUCAUUCAGGCAAGGAGCCUCAUGCUGGUGGACUGAGUUAAGCCAUUGUUCAGCCCUUCUAGGCCCUGCAAAACUCAAAGAACACAGAGGCUGGCCUCCGAGUUUUGAUGAGGGGGAGGGGUUAAAAACAAACACCUUGUGCAGAAGCCAGCCCAGAUGCUUGGGGAACUUGUGAGGAGAUUAUCUUUAAAUCAGCCUGGAGCUGUGCCAUCCCCAUUAUUCUGUAAAAGCAGGCAGUGCUCCCAGGGGAAGAAGUGCUUUUACAAUAGGGUGUCUUCCCUAAGACAUCUGGCUCUAACUGACACCCAGGGACUCUUCUUGGCUACCUCCCAGCUUUGUCUUCCCUCCCGAAUCCAGGAUUCUGGUAUUUGAGGCUCUUGAGUUGCAAGAUGUGGGACAUUUAUGUCUAGGAAAGCAUUCCCUGCCCUAUACCCCAAACUUGCCUUUCCUUCUCACCAGAUUACCCCUUUCCCAGGCCUGCACAUGCCCAUCAGGGUCUACAAGGAGCUGCUGGCGCCACCCCUUGAGCCCAAUUUGGCAGGUUUUGGUUCUCAUCCUCUCUCCAGAAUUUUGCAGUGGCAGGUGACAUAUGUGUUGGCUACAAAGGACCAACACACAGGAUCGUAAUAAAUUCUAAUUUAUUGUAUGGGAUAUGAAGUUACCAAUAAAAUCAUAAAGGCAGA